AUGACCGACAACAAGCACCCUCAGGUUAUAUUCUGCGACGACUCGCCCAAGAGGGUCCUGGUGUCCGUCAUAAAGACUACUCCUAUCAAGCCUCAAAUGGCUGAGGGCAUAACGCCAGCGAGUCCGGGAUUCAGCGACUUCAUGGUUUACCCGUGGAAAUGGGGAGAGAACGCCCAUAAUGUGACACUGAGCCCAGGCUCGCUAAGCGGAGCUUCGUCUCCAGGCGGGACGGCUGGAGACGCGGACGCAGCUACUUCACCCGACCAGAACAAGGACGGUAUACGCAGAGGGCGUCCUCGAGCCGACACAGUCCGAGAACUGAUCAGCGAGGGGGAGACGUCCUCCAGCCGUAUCCGAUGCAACAUCUGCAACCGGGUGUUCCCCAGGGAAAAGUCUCUCCAAGCUCAUAAGAGAACACAUACGGGUGAGCGUCCCUAUUUGUGCGACUACCCAAACUGCAGCAAGGCAUUCGUCCAGAGCGGUCAGCUGAAGACCCACCAGCGGCUUCAUACUGGAGAAAAACCAUUUGUCUGCUCAGAAAAAGGUUGUGGUAACCGGUUCACACAUGCCAAUCGUCACUGCACCAAGCAUCCACUGUCCCGCCUGAGAAGGGAAGAGCCAAAGGAAGCCACGGGCAAGGCGCAGUCUGUGGACAACCAAGCAGUGGCAGAUUGGCUGGCAAGGUACUGGCAGACCCGAGAGCAGCGCGCACCCUCCGCUGCCAAGGCGAAAGUGCAGAGCAAAGGCAGGGUGCAGGACCAGGAGCAGCGCGACCCAAUGGAGCCCCUCCAAUGCGAUGAGGAAAAAGAUGACGAUGUUGAGGAGGAAGAGGAGGAGAAAGGCAGCCAAGGGGUCGCCGCCAAGCGCCGCCUCCAGGAGCAACGAGAACGUCUCCACGGUGCUCUGGCGCUCAUCGAGCUGGCCAACAACUUGUCCGCCUGA